GGCUGUUAGGAAUUUAUCGAUCUUUUGAUUGCUUAACGACACAAGAUUUUUAACCCAGUUCCCUUGCGGUACCUCUGGGGUGGGAACCGUCUCCCACAACAUCCACUAUCAAUCAAAGGGUUUACACAAACGCUCUAAGCGCUCAAUAGAAAGACACAACAAAGAAUUAGAGAGAUCAAAGAAACUCUAUCCCGAAGCGACAUGACUCGAACAAUGUCUCUUGUCCUUAGUUUCUUCUCUACCCCGAUCUCUCUCUAGCUCUCUCUCCUUUUUGGUCUUGUGUUUCGGAUGAUCUCCCUUUGUAUAAGCACGUCUAUAUAUAUACUAAACAGUUCUAUGUAUUUUUCCUAAUACCAUAGGAAUCUUAUCUAACUGUUUUCCUUAUUUGCAUGAGGUUUCAUCCACCGUCGUAAAGCAUAACCGACUUGUACCAGCAUGGGCUUUGCUGGAUCCUUUUGGUGAUACGGGCUUUAUCUUCAAGAUUGGAACUGGGUCAGGUUAUAAAUAAUUAAGGCCCAUUAACACUACAAACUCCACCUUGGGCUUGAUUCUUUCUCACCUUACUUCUCCUUUUUCGUUGAAAUCAACGACAUCUUUCUCCUUCCAUUGAUCUGCUUCCCUGUUCACACCAUCACACCUCUGUAACUAUGGCGAUGAACCUUUGUUUCACUGUUCAUGUGAAAGCUCGCAUAGUUCGUGGACAAUCAUUGAUCUUCAGUCCCUACGCUCGUGUUCCAAGUGACGUGAACUGAUUCAACUUCCAAAGACUUCAUCUUGCUCGUAACCAUCAUUGUGACCGUUUCUGGUUCCUCACUGCACAAGAUCCACCCUCCAUACCGAAGAUUACGAUUCUUCAGUAAUGUGAAUUUUGUUUUGCCAGAAUCAAGCUGAUCAAUCUCGCCGGAGUUCUGCAGUUUCCGCUUGCUCCACCUCGAACUGAAACCUAUUGGUCUCCUCUUCUUGUUCGACGGAGAUGCGUUAUCGACAAUCUGUUAUGCGUCCUCACCUGCAACUGAAACUCCUUGUCUCGCCCUUUGAUACUCUCUUUGAUAGUGAAGUUUUAAUGCAAUUCUGAAAGAAUCCUUGCAUCUUCUGGCAUACUCCUCCAAUGCCACCGACCCUUUGUAGUCUCAGCUUCUCCGACGAACCACUGCGUCUCCUCAGUUGUGCUGAUAACUCCAUCAGCUCCUCUUCCGUUACUGUAUGUCGUUCUUAUUUCCAUGAGAUUCCUCCUGCGACAGUCUUGAUGAUUUCCUUCCUACCAGUUCUAGCCUUCAUAGAAUCUUCGUUGAUCAGUCGAAGUUCAUGUGUUGCUAGACAAUCUCAGACCUCAUCGCAGCAUGAACAUCAAGCAUGUGUUCUCCUCUUUGAUGAUCUUAGAUUUCCAAGAGGAGCUCUGAGUUCAAUCUUCCACAGUGCUCCUUUUCUCUCACUGCUUCAGCUCCACCUUAAAAGCUAUUGUUCAUGACCAUUUGUUGUUACGUUGAUAUCGUCUACUCCGGAGUACUCCUCUGAUAUCAAUUAUUUUCACGCCUAGCUGCUUUUAAUGAACAAAAUAACUCCUCUCCUGCUCCUUGAGACUUUAAGGUAACUCCUUUACCCCUGCAAGACUUACUUCUUGCCUUUUGAUUCAAGAACAUUCACUAAAGAACUAACUUGUCUUCUCUUGAAUCUUUCUAUCAAUAGCUCCACCUGGAAUCGAUGUCUAUACACCCGACCCGACUACUGAUUCACUUGAGACUUCAGGGACUAUUUUCUAGAAGCGAACUUGUUUCUCUUUCAUUCUUCCUGAAACCGGAUUCUCUUUGUCAACCUUUGAUUCCUCUCAUGCGCACUGAGCUUAGAAUCAAACUCUUCCUUGAA